AUGGCUCCCGCUGCGACCGCUUUUGAUGAUAGCCUUCCCAAUCUCCCCAAGGAUGUCCGCCCACCCAUUACGAGUUACACCCCGAGCAUGUGGGGUGAUGCCUUCACUUCGUUUUCUUUGGACGAGAAGGUACAAAAAGAGUAUGCUGAAGCAAUUCAAGAACUGAAGCAACAAGCAAGAAGCAUGCUGAUGACGAAAGGAAGUACAACAAUUGAGAAACUAAUAUUAAUUGACACUCUUGAGCGUUUGGGAGUGGGAUAUCAUUUUGAGCAAGAGAUUGAAGAUCAGCUCCGAGAAAUCUUGUUUUUCCAGUCUCAAGAUAAGGACCAGGACAACUAUGACUUGUUCGCUACUGCGCUUCAAUUUCGUCUGCUCAGGCAACAUCGCUAUUCUGUCUCUUGCAAUGUUUUCAACAAGUUUAAGGAUGACGACGGCAAGUUUGAAGAAACCCUCACUAGUGAUGCUAAGGGCCUGCUAAGCUUGUACGAAGCGUCCAACAGGCGUUGCAAGGGCGUUCCAAGAUUGGAAGCCCGCCAUUACAUUUCCUUUUAUGAGAGGAACGAAUCGAAGAAUGAAAUACUUUUAAAACUAGCCAAGCUGGAUUUCAAUUAUUUGCAAAAUAUAUAUAAGAAAGAACUCCAUGAUCUUUCCAGGUGGUGGAACGAGCUAGAUUUGGUAUCAAAACUACCUUAUGUGAGAGACAGAUUGGUGGAGGGCUAUUUUUGGGGCAUGGCUCUCAAUUUUCAGCCUCAACAUUCUUAUGCGCGAAUUGAAAUUACUAAAAGCGUGCUGAUGCUUACAAUAGUGGAUGAUACAUAUGAUAAUUAUGCUACAGUUGAAGAAGCUGACCUUUUCACUGAGAUCUUGGAAAAGUGGGAUAUCAAUGAACUUGAUCGACUUCCAGAUUACAUGAAAAUUAUUUAUAAGUUUAUUCUAAAUCUAUACGAGGACUACGAAGUUGAAGCAGCCAAACAAGGAAAAUUAUUUGCAGUGCCUUACGCUAAAGAAGCAGUGAAACAAAUUGCUAAGGCUUACAACAGACAUACGCAAUGGUUCUUGGGAGGACAAAUGCCUGCAUACGAAGAGUACCUUGUUAAUACUAUUGUCACGAGUUGCAUCUAUGUCUUCCUCACUGUGGGUAUCCCAGGAUUAAAAUCUGUCUCCAAAGAAUCAAUUGAUUGGUUGAUGAGUGAACCUAACAAAGCUCUUAUAGCAUCCACCAGGAUUUGUCGACAUGCGGAUGAUAUCGGCAGUGAUGAACGCGAGAGCAGGGGUGGAAAUAUACCGACAGCGGUGGAUUGCUAUGUGAAGCAAUAUGGUGUAUCAAAAGAAGAAACUGUGGACAAGUUCAACGAACUUUUUGAGAAUGCAUGGAAGGAUUUCAAUACAGAGUGGUCAACUGAAAUUUCCAUAGUAUCUAAGGACAUGAUGGAGCAACUUCUUAAUUAUGCACGUGCAGGCGAGGUCAUUUACAGGAAUGGGCGAGAUUCGUUUACAAAUCCUCAAAACUAUUUAGCAGGAGAAAUUCCUGCUCUCUUUGUGGAUCCCAUUGUCAUUUGAUUAACGGGUUAAAUCCAUUUUGCCCCCCUGUGAUAUAACAAAAUAUCAAAAACCCCCUUAUGAAAUUUUUAAUAUAAAAAAUCACCCCUAGGUUAUCAAUAAAUAAUCACACCGCCCCCUG